AGGUGCACACGCAGGUUGUCCGCCACCCCACUCCCUUUUCGCCCCGGACAUCGGAAGCAAUCUACGCAAAUACCGCACACACGCACAUUUCGUAUUGCGCAUCAUCGUUCUUUUUUUCUUUUCUGUGGAGCUUCUUGACUUCGGUCAAGGCAGCAAUUUCUUCUUCUUCCCUCCUCCUCGCCCUCCUUUUUGGCCGAACACGGCUUAUUGAACGUACCAAACCCCAGUAGAGUUGUACUUACCAAACAUUUAAAACACAAACAAACACACACACACACACACAGGCGCUCCCAAGCAACUCCCAAUGAGCUUCUCACACCCCGUCGUUGCGGGCCGUAAACCGAUCCAACUGCCUCAGCAGACCUUCCUUCUUUCCCCCGCCUCCGCAGCAAUCGCCCGCCGCAACAGCAUCCACGACCACGGCGACGGCGACAAACAUCGUAGUGUUGGCCAUCAUCGUCAACACCACCGGCGUACAGACACCGCUGUCAGUGUGACAAACGAUGAGAACGCAUACGGCGGCGGCACCGCCUUCACUGGCAGCGUGGGACUUGACACACUACGCGAUUUUUCGAAUCGGCAAACGUGGAAGGCCGCUGCUGCUACUGCUGCAGCUGCGCUGACGGACGUGCGCGGCUGUCGCCCCGGCGGCGACGGCGGCAGCACCACUCGGACUGUCUUUGCUCUCCCACGUCCUCGCACACCCGUCCGAACGCAGAUGUCCCCCUAUUCGGAGGAGGGAGGCAGCCUUCGUGGUGUUGUUGGUGGCAACGACGACAACGCGACGAUGACGGUGGCGACGGCUGCUGCUGCUCCAGUGAGCGAUGCGUCCUCACUCGCCCAGCGUGCUCUGGCGUUGGCGGACGACCUCACGGCAGCUGAGGCGCAGCUGGAGGUGGAUGCGGGUUACUUUGGUGAUGUCGCUGCUGUGGAGCAGUGCAUUACGCAGCACCUCCGUGCAUGGCGUCUGAACACUACAACCACGACGGCCAUUGCGACGGAGGAGGAGGAGGAGGUGAGCGACAGCGGUAACAAGCAACGGGCUUCCGCGGGGUGGCGUGGCGGUGACGGUGGUCGUGGUACCCCGCGCGGGUCCGGCGUCUACAGUGGCGUACAAGGGGAGUCUCCACAGCUGUCUGCUUCGAUGUACCCGAUGCGUGGUCAGAGCAACGCGGCCGCCCCAUUGAGUGCGGGGGGCAGUCAACGAGUGCAGACGGACCUGGAAAGCGUGCGCCAGUGCACCGCCGCCAUGGAGGAGCUCCACAGAGCCCUGUCCACGCUGGAGGACGAACACCGCGGGCUGCAGCGGCGCUACAUGGUGGAGAAGACCUCCACCACGGAGCUGGAGGAGCUGUGUGACAGGUUGGCGGAGCUGGAAAGUGAGGCUGCGCGUGAGCAGCGUGCGACGGCCUUCGCAGCCCGCUGCACGCCGUCGCAGCAUCAGCGCCGACCACCGAUAGCGGCCGUCAUCGCCACCGCCAUCACCGCCAUGCGUGGGAAUAACACGCCUAGAAACGACACGAGCUGUCCGACUCAGCAGGAGAGAGAGGCGGUGCGGGUGGGUCUGGCUGUGUGUCACGACCUCGCCGAUCAGCUGCGCAAGCGCGCGUCGACCGUGGCGGAGCGACUGACGGACGAGCUGCUGUGGAUGCGGGCGGAGGUGGACCGGCACGACUGGUCAGCGAUGCGCACGGCCACGUCGCUGACAACGAUGGAGCCCGUCACGGUGGUGCUGAAGGGGAGCAGUGUGCCCGAUACCCCCCUCCCCGCCACCACUACUACUCUCUCCCCUUCUGCGUUGAACGUCCAUGUGGGGGACACAGCGUUGGAGGCGAAGACGAGGCUCAGUCAAAGCCGCGCGAGCGGAACGGCGGAGGGCGAGCCCAGCAACUCCGACAACAACAAAGACGGGGCGGUGGACGGCACUGCCAAUGACUUCUCAUCGCGGGAGUCGUCGCCGGCUUCGUCCGUCGCAUCUGCGGACGGUGACAGCGACAGCGGCCGCAGUUCCCACCGGCGGGACUCCUUCCUGCUGCGGGUGCGGGUGCCCGUUUUUGUGACCCCCACCGCCCCGCCGCUGCCGCUCCUCUCUCGCGGCGCUAACGAUGCCGAUGCCGCCGCGACGCCGCAACGCUUGUCGGGCGACAGCCACGUCAGCAGCAACAGUGGCAGCGCAAACGGAUCUAACAACAGUUCUCUCCCCGCUGCGGUGCGGUCAGCAGCGGCCGGACUUGCCCAGAACGGCACGACACGCCGCUCCUCCACCAGCAGCACCUUUUCCCGCGAGGCGGCGGCGGCAGGAUCGGCACCGGCAUCCGCAGCAGCCUCGACCUCUGUGAACCCUGUCACCGUCUGCGUGAUCGCCACGCCGGCCCGCUACGCCUUGGUGCAGCUGUAUGAAACCUGCGUCGACUUCCUCUCGCAGAUGCUCACACGACUGACGCAGCUGCGGGCACGUCGCGGCGCGGAAGCGGAACAGCUGCAGUGGGAGCUGCACGGCUUGGACGCCUACGACCCCGCCGGGGAUGAUCUGCGUCGACGCUGGCAGGCGGUGCAGCAGUACGCCGCGCAGUUGGACGGGUACGCGGAGGAGGUGCACGCGGCCCAUCAGGCGCUGCAUACGCGGGUGAAGCUGCCGAUGGACGCGGCUCUGCACACGUGCGAGCGCUUCCGCACGCAGUUGUUGGAGGUGUUGAGGCAACGGCUUGAGCAAGCGGAAGAGGCGGCAGCGGCGGAGGCGGCGGCGAGGCAACGCACUUCGCAAGAGUGGCCCGAUGUUGCGGAAGAGGAAAGGGCGAAGGGGCAGCACGAGACACAUGGAAACGAAGAUGGAGUGACAGCGGAGGCACUCAGCGACAGGUUUGGAACUCCACAGGCGGAAGAGGAGGAGCUGCGGCACCGCUCCACCGUCUCUCUUACGCAGGAACGUGCGCGACGCUCGACGCAGCCACCCCAGCCGGAUACGCGUGACCUUCCGCGUGCCUCGGCGGAAUUUAUCGGCAUGCUGGAGACACUCUUGAAGCGGCAGCAGGCGGCAUCGGAGGAGCGGCAGCAGCAUGGAAAGAAUACAAGUAUGGCGGCGUCCGCCGACCUCGAAGUCCCAGCAGACGUCACCGUCAUUCGCAUGACAAGCCAUCCUCCCGCGGCGCCGGCGGCCAAUGAAGCGGCGGGUGGCGAGAGGGAAAACAUGGUGCAGGCGCCAACGCUGAACAACGAGACAGCGCACCACUUGGCGGGAGGCCGUCGUCGUUCACGAGACGAGGACGAAGACGUGGAAGUCAGUAAAGAGGCAAAGGGGAGCGUUGACCUCGACACGACAACACGAGUCUCGGAGAGCACGCCAACUGCCACCGAUAAGCGCGCGAGCACCACGCCGGCCAUCCGCCCCUCCGCCGCUUCCUCCUCCACCGCUGACGCUGCGCAGGGUGCACUUGUGGAUUGCGCCGUAGAACACGCCGGCGUCGACAGCAGCGAUGACAGCGGUGACGAGAGCGAUGCAGUGCACCAACCGCACUGUGAUCGACAGCCCGAGCGUAGACGUUAUGGGCUGUGCAGCGAGGACGGCUUCCGUGGUGGCCUGCGCGCCUUCUUGGUGGCGGUGGGUCGUCGUGUGAUGCAGUUUAGCGACAGCGACGUCGAGGAGGAGGAGGAGGCGGUGGUGGAGGAGGAGGAAGACGACGGAUUGGCAGAACGCCAGCGGAAGAGGGCACGCCACGAGUAG